AUGUCGGAGUGGGAAGACGAGAAAAAAUUAUACCGAUUGUUCUAUUUCUCAGUUAACGUCGGUUACAUCGUGGUUCCAACCAGAUCAUUGCCAACGCCAGUGAAUGUGUUAGGAUUCAGCUCGGCCACCAUUUCUUCCAGUCCCAGCCAGAAGCGCCCUCUGGUUGUCGUUGACCUUGAAUUCAGUCAGCACUUCCAGGUUACACUGAACAUGUACCCGCACAUUUAUCAAUUCACAGGGACCAAUCCAGGACGUCAAAGCAAAGCCAAAAAUAAAAGUAAAAAUAAAAAUAAAAAAUCGAACACCAGGAGUCAUGAUGUCUCAGUGGAUGCUAUGGAUUCCAGCCUAAGGACAAGGUUCGGCAGAAUCCCCUGGGUCAACUUGUCCCUGUCAACCCGAAAGGUUCAUGAUCCUCAACCUCUGGCUAGUUUUUUGACUGCCAAGGUCAAUCUGUUCGUAGUCGCCGAUACUUUUCAACCUGCAGAGUGGCCCGCGGCGUUCGAACAGCUUGUUCCGUUACUCAUGUGCUCCUUCGCGAAGCCGGGUACCUGCCCAUCCGAUGGCUGCCUGUAUGAUUUCUGCCAGCCUGACCCGUCAGGCCUUAGACUUCUGCUGUGCGAUAUAUAA